UCUACCUCCCACCUCUUUUAAAUCCUUCCCUCUCUAUCACUCUCUUUACUACACACAACUCACACAAACCUCUCAAUUUUACUCUCUCUCUCUCUCUCUCUGUGUCUCUCUCUCUAAAAAUGCCGCUAAAUUCAGCGGCAGUUAUAUGCCUAGCCGUGUGUCUGAUCGCCAUUGUCGGAGCUGAAGAUCCGUACAGGUUCUUCAAUUGGAAUGUCACUUACGGAGACAUCUAUCCCCUAGGUUUUCGCCAACAGGGAAUUCUCAUCAAUGGACAAUUUCCAGGUCCUGAUAUAUACUCUGUGACCAAUGACAAUCUCAUUAUCAACGUCUUCAACAGCUUGGAUGAGCCUUUUCUACUCUCCUGGAAUGGAAUUCAACAGAGGAGAAACUCUUAUGAAGAUGGAGUUUUCGGAACCACAUGCCCCAUACCUCCAGGGAAGAACUUCACUUACAUUCUCCAAGUGAAGGAUCAAAUUGGAAGCUUUUAUUACUUCCCUUCACUUGCAUUUCACAAGGCUGCUGGUGGUUUUGGAGGUAUUAGGAUCCUCAGUCGUCCUCUAAUUCCCGUCCCCUUUGCAGAUCCUGCUGGUGAUUAUACAGUCCUAAUUGGAGAUUGGUACAAAUCCAAUCACACGGAUUUGAAAGCAAUUCUAGAUCGAGGGAAGAAGCUACAUUUAGUUGAUGGAAUCCUCAUUAAUGGUCGUGGGCCAAAUGGCGUUUCUUUCAGUGUUGAACAAGGAAAAACUUACAGACUUAGAAUAUCAAACAUUGGAUUGCAAAAUUCACUCAAUUUCCGCAUUCAGGGCCACAAGAUGAAAUUGGUGGAGGUGGAGGGAACACACACUCUUCAAACUACCUACUCUUCAUUGGACGUCCAUCUCGGCCAAUCCUACUCUGUUCUAGUCACGGCUGAUCAGCCCGCUCAGGACUACUACAUUGUUGUGUCUACCCGUUUUACCACCCCAGUCGUCACCACAACUGCUGUUCUUCGCUACAGCAACUCUGCUGGCCCCGUCUCCGGCCCGCCACCAGGUGGACCCACCAUCCAAGUCGACUGGUCCCUAAACCAGGCCCGUUCUAUCAGGACUAAUCUUACAGCAAGUGGACCAAGGCCAAACCCACAAGGUUCAUACCACUAUGGACUCAUAAACACCACCAAAACAAUCAGGUUGGCCAACUCCGCAGGUCUCGUCAAUGGCAAGCAAAGAUAUGCAGUAAACAGUGUAUCCUUUCUGCAACCAGACACCCCCCUAAAGCUAGCAGACUACUUCCAGAUUGGAGGAGUUUUUCGUGUUGGAAGCAUAUCUGAUUACCCUAAUGGUGGAGGGAUAUACCUUGACACGUCAGUUUUGGGAACCGACUACAGAGCCUUUAUUGAGAUUGUGUUUGAAAACUACGAGGACAUCGUUCAAAGCUGGCACCUUGAUGGUUACUCUUUCUUUGUUGUUGGAAUGGAUGGAGGGUUGUGGUCCACGGCUAGUAGGAAUCAAUAUAACCUCCGGGAUGCAAUUGCACGCUGCACCGUGCAGGUAUAUCCAAAAUCAUGGACUGCCAUUUAUGUACCACUUGAUAAUGUGGGAAUGUGGAAUCUGAGAUCAGAGUUUUGGGCAAGACAGUACCUCGGACAGCAACUCUAUGUACGUGUCUACACAGCAUCGACUUCACUCAGAGACGAAUUCCCCAUUCCAAAGAACGCUCUUCUCUGCGGCAGGGCCAGUGGGCGGCAUACUCGACCCCUCUAAAGGGUAAAAAAAAGUUCCACGACACUUUUAGCUAGGGAAAUUAAAUUAAAGCUUGUUUAUCUACCAAAUGUGGUGGAUUAAGAUCUCAGUUUAUUAUUAUUAAUUUUUUCUUUAUGUGCUUAAUUUAAUGUUAUUUUUAGUUACUACAUCAGCACUAGUGCAAUUAUAAAUGAGGAACAUGUAUCAAUAGUGCUGUAGUAGAGUGAGCAAUGACCUUAACUCGAGGUCAUAUUCUUUUCGGUUUUCAUCAAUUCAACAGUAUUUUAUUACUCUUGUUGUAAUGUGUUGUAAGGUUUCGUAUUAUUACUUAAUGAAGUGGUUCUUCUAGUUGGCUCA